AACCAAUUUUCCACGCUCGUUUUUUUUUUACCAUCGUUUCAAUAAUUCACAUACCGUGAGCUUCCUCAAAUAGAACACCUAUUUUUUCUUUUCCGCACUGCACUGCCACUCACUAACAAUUACGAGGUAGUCUUGCAGAUCUCAUUCAUUGAUAUAAAAGGGGCAGCCGCGCGCUUUAUCCUUCUUCCCGAUAACACACAUCAUACCCUUAAUCGACUCAACAUAACUACCUCAACUAUUCCAAAUUCCGUUCGCAUACUCUCCCUGAGGAUUACACUCAAACACACAAUGGUUUCCGCCAACGGAGUUACAGACACCAAUGGAGUCACCGCAGGACUUUUCGGGCCUGAGCUCGUCUCUCCCGAAGUUGCCAAAUCCCUCCCUGAAUCAUAUACUCUCCGCGCCCUUCAGAAAUCAGAUUAUGCUCGUGGAUUUUUAGACGUUUUACGAGUUCUGACUGUUGUUGGGGAUAUCACCGAAGAGCAAUGGAAUGAGAGGUACGAUUGGUAUAACGAUCAAGGAAAAGGUGGCUACUACCUACUAGUCAUUGAAGAUCAGGGAAAGGUUGUUGCCACGGGCGCUUUGAUUGUGGAAAGGAAAUUCAUCCAUAAUCUCGGUCUCGUAGGUCACAUCGAAGACAUUGCCGUAGCGAAAGACCAACAAGGAAAGAAACUCGGAUUGAAGAUGAUUCAAGCAUUGGACUUUAUCGCGGAGAAGAUCGGUUGUUAUAAGAGCAUAUUAGAUUGCAGUGAAGCUAAUGAAGGAUUUUAUGUAAAGUGUGGGUUCAAGAGGGCUGGUUUGGAAAUGGCUCAUUAUUAUGAUCAUUGAAAUAAGCACCGAGAUAACAAGUUUGGAUCUCUAGACACAGCGAAUUGGUUGGAUUUUGAUUUGGAAUUAAGCAUAGAGCGAGCGUUAUAAACGGAAGACAAAAAGGAUACCAUGUACAGAUUUAUUUUAAUUGGGAAUGGAUUAUUUACUCCUGGGAAAUUCGAAGCAAUUCAUAUUAGAUUUUAGUUUGGUUUUGUCUCAUCGUCCUUUUUUUAAUACAUUCGCGAUUUCCUGGUACUUCAAACCCAUUGAGGUUUUUUGACUGUUUUUUUCCUUCUGGUAGAUCCAAGACCAGUCCUCAAUCCAAUUGGACUAGAUUUCG